AAAAAAAAAAAAAAAAAAAAGACAACAUAAACUACAAUAUUUUACACUUUGUCUAAUAAAGAAAAGAACAACACAUCUACUAUUUGUCUCCAUUCUCCGCGUUGGCACUCAUUUUGCUAAAUCAAAAUCGUCUUUCUCCUCCAAAGAAGACCUCUCAAAACAUUACAGUUUGCGAAAAGAUAUCGCAAUAUGGCAAGUGAAGCACCGAGUUGGGCAGAUCAAUGGGGAACCGGAGGGAUCGGGGAGAUGCCGGAGGAAGACAACACCAAAAGCAAGAAAGAUGCCGGCGGUAAGAACUCUGGCCAAACCAAAUCAGCCAAGAUUGUUGAUUUCGUAAGUUUUAAGUGGAUGAAGAAUCUUGUCCAUAAGAAGAAGAAAGACUCUGAUUCUUGAAAGAUAAGAAAGAAUCAUUAAAUUUCGAUGUUUUGGAAGAAAUUGUUUCUUCCUAAGAUCUCAAUUUAUCUAUCAAUCUAUUUAUUUAUUUUUAUUUGUUUUGUCUUUCAUAUGAGUUAAUGCGUUUUGGUGCAUCCCACGAUCGAAAGUCUUUUGUUCUUUACGACAUGGUUUAAUAUUUUAAUAACAUGUAGGCAACGCGGCCUCGCUUAUCAUUAGUUGUUUCUUUUCUCACAAA